AUGACUCUACUCCAUUUUACGAAGCCUCUGAACCCCCGAAGUCGUCCGGACCUUACUCUCUUGCCUCAAGAUGUUUUCUGGUUGAUUCUCGACUAUUUGACUCCCGAAGAUAUCAUCCGCUGUCGUCGCGUGUCGCUAUUAUGGAAUGCCGCAUUCGGUGACCCGCCUCUCCUAGCACGGAUGCUAAAGAUACAUUUCCCUUGGACCGAUGAAGCGCAAAGCUUACAACUUGCUGGCGCGUUGAAAUUGACCCUUCACGAUGCUCGCCGUCUCCAUGAUAAAGUUGCCGCUCGAUAUCAUCGUCUUCGAAAAGGAAACCCUUUGUCCGUACGAAAGUUGCCCAUGUGCAAUGAGAUCGGAGAUUCAGGUCAACAUACAUGGUUACGGGUGCCGCCAUGGACCUUUCACGCCAGUCAUCUCAGCAACAGGAUCCAACGUGGUUUUCCCGAAGCGAUGUGGAGUCACGAAGAUGGGCUACUUGUUUACCCUAAUAAACAACAUCAUUUUGUCUCGAUGAUGGAUGUGAAGAAAAAUCAGCUGUAUUUAGUCCCAUUCGUGAUGGGUGGCAAAGUUGUUCGUCGAAUUAGAUUACAUCUGCAAUUGUUAGUGAUCGAAUGGGCGCAAGAAUCGACUUUGUACAGGCCCGAUCACCGCGGUCGUGUACAUGGCCAUUUCGCUUCAUCAUACGACAUAAUCCGAAAAUAUGAUGGAAACUGGAGCAUUGUUCCCCGAAAUGAGUGGCAAAUCGUGAAUACUGGGCAUCCAAUUGGCGAAAAUGAUCGUUUCUUCUCUGCACAUAACAGGGACUACUACGUGGUCUACGUCUGGCAACCCAGUCGCAGCUUGAACCAGGCAGACACUACACCCCGCGAGUUACUGACCGUUUGGGAUAUCUCCAAAAGGUCUUCAUAUCGUCCUUCUAUUGGUGCUGGAGAGGCCGCACUUGCAAUGGGAGAAAAGAGAGAAAACUUCCCGUCAAUGAUUGCGAGGUUUGAUUUUGAAGGUCUAAGCCACAUUGGCCUCCGGCAACGUGAGGCUCCAAGUAUGCAGGGACUUCAUAUUACUAACGAUGGCAAGUCAAUUAUCAUAACAAAGUGCCAGAAUACGUGGCUGAGCAUGGACAAUGUGAUUGGCCUUCCACGCGUGAUCAGGACCACCUUCCCACUUCAAGGACAAGGCCCUCACCGACAGGAGGUGACCAAUCUAAUCCUACCCCCUUAUCGCAGCAACUCCAACAUAGAUGCAUCAUUCAUCAGCCCUGCUCUUCUUUUUGUUGACGACUGGUAUGGUCUUAUUGCACAGCAGUUAGAUGAUAACUCCGGAGUGAGCUUCUGUCUACAUUUUAAUGUUCUCGAGUGGUUCGAACAUGCCGACAAAGAUGACCAAAAUGACCUGCCAUUAAAACUCACGAUCCAAACCAAGUUUAAAAGUCAAGUCACUCGAGAAAACUUGGAUUUCUCAGGGACAGGAAAGAUCAGCGCUGGUGAAAACUAUGUGAUAGGCGAGAACCGGAACAACCAGUUGGUCAUUUAUCGCUUUGACUAA